AUGCCUGUUUUGCUUUGUCGCGUUUCUAAAUACUUAGAGCGCGGACCUUGGUGAAAACUGCAAAACACUCCCGUUCGAUCGCCCCCCCAUUUGCUACGGAAGUGUGUUGAUUGGCUAUGAGCAUUAUAAUCUCAGCCAUUGAGGCACUGAGUAAGCCUGAACUGACCUUGUAUAUAUAGACACCAUUUCGUCAUCUUUUUCCGCGUCAACAUUUCGUUGAAACUGUUGUAGUGAAAUCAUGAGUGGAAGAGGUAAAACCGGGGGCAAGGCAAGGGCGAAAGCGAAGACUCGCUCCUCUAGGGCUGGACUUCAGUUCCCCGUGGGCCGUGUCCACAGACUGCUGCGUAAAGGCAACUAUGCCGAGCGUGUCGGCGCUGGUGCACCGGUCUACUUGGCCGCUGUGCUCGAGUACUUGACGGCUGAGAUUCUGGAGUUGGCCGGCAACGCUGCCCGUGACAACAAGAAGACCCGUAUCAUUCCCCGCCAUCUGCAGUUGGCUGUCCGCAACGACGAGGAGUUGAACAAGCUGCUCGGCGGAGUGACCAUUGCCCAGGGUGGUGUAUUGCCUAACAUCCAGGCCGUGCUGCUGCCUAAGAAGACCGAGAAGUCAAAGCACAGAGGACCUUCCCAGAAGAGGCCUGUGGAGCCAACAGCAGAACCAUGCAGCCGGGAGAGAGCUCACUGUACCGGUUCACCGUCUUCACCACCACCUGGACGAGGAGGAGGAAGAGGAGGAGGAGGAUAAGAG